GAGGAGGAAGGCAGGAGAGAUAGAGGCAGCAGAAGCCAGGGCAGCUGAAAGACAGAGACCUUCAGGUGGGCAUUUUAAUCUUUGUUUUGUUAAUUCGGUGUUGAGAAUCAUGACUUGAUGAUCACAUAAUAGUCAGAGGAGUAAUUUUUUAAAGAGCAUCUCAUGGAUUCGUGUUUAGUGGAAGAUACUGUGGGAAGUGCUAACUUGAAGGAUUAAUAACUCUUUUCUUUUUUUUUGACAUCAUUUCCAUGCCAACCAUGUUUUUUGAGUAUUAUCUUCACAUAGAUGUCUAAAGAAGAAUUGAAAAAUAUUCUUGCUGCAUCAGAAAUAUGUUGACAAACCACCUUUUGGGUCUGAACCAACAGCAAGCAAAGUUAAAUUAUGGAUAUCCAAGGGAGUCUAUAGAAGGUCCAUGCAAGGUAUGGAGAGUUCCUCAACAGAGGGAAAACUAAGUUCCAAGAUGGCCGAAUAGGAAGAGCUCCAGUCUGCAGAUUCCAGUGUGAGGAAUGCAGAAGACGGGUGAUUUCUGCAUUUCCAACUGAGCAUGGAGAGAAAAUUUAUGUCCUUGAAUCCAUCCAUCUCCAUAUCAGAAAUGGAACCAAAUGGCACCUUCAGCAAUAACAACAAUAGCAGGAACUGCACAAUCAAAAACUUCAAGACAGAAUUUUUCCCAAUUGUAUAUCUGAUAAUAUUUGUCUGGGGAGUAUUGGGAAAUGGUUUGUCCAUAUAUGUUUUCCUGCAGCCUUAUAAGAAGUCCACAUCUGUGAACAUUUUCAUGCUAAAUCUGGCCAUUUCAGAUCUCCUGUUCAUAAGCACGCUUCCCUUCAGGGCUUACUAUUACCUUAGAGGCUCCAAUUGGAUAUUUGGAGACCUGGCCUGCAGGAUUAUGUCUUAUUCUUUCUAUGUCAACAUGUACAGCAGUAUUUAUUUCCUGACCGUGCUGAGUGUUGUGCGUUUCCUGGCAACGGUUCACCCCUUUCGGCUUCUGCAUGUCACCAGCAUCAGGACUGCCUGGAUCCUCUGUGGGAUCAUAUGGAUCCUUAUCAUGGCUUCCUCAAUAAUGCUCCUGGACAGUGGCUCUGAGCAGAAGGGCAGUGUCACAUCAUGCUUAGAGCUGAAUCUCUAUAAAAUUGCUAAGCUGCAGACCAUGAACUAUAUUGCCUUGGUGGUGGGCUUCCUGCUGCCAUUUUUCACACUCAGCAUCUGUUAUCUGCUGAUCAUUCGGGUUCUGUUAAAAGUGGAGAUCCCAGAAUCGGGGCUGCGGGUUUCUCACAAGAAGGCACUGACCACCAUCAUCAUCACCUUGAUCAUCUUCUUCUUGUGUUUCCUGCCCUAUCACACACUGAGGACCCUCCACUUGGCGACAUGGAAAGUGGGUAUAUGCAAAGACAGGCUGCAUAAAGCUGUGGUUAUCACACUGGCCUUGGCGGCAGCCAAUACCUGCUUCAAUCCUCUGCUCUAUUACUUUGCUGGGGAGAAUUUUAAGGACAGACUAAGGUCUGCACUCAGAAAAGGCCAUCCACAGAAGGCAAAGACAAAGUGUGCUUUCCCUGUUAGUGUGUGGUUGAGAAAGGAAACAAGAGUAUAAGGAGUUCUUAGAUGAGACCUCUUCUUGCAUCCUUGUGUCCAUCUUCAUUCACUCAUAGUCUCCAAAUGACUUUGUAUUUACAUCAUUCCCAACAAAUGUUGAUUCUUAAUAUUUAGUUGACCAUUACUUUUGUUAAUAAGACCUACUUCAAAAAUUUUAUUCAGUGUAUUUUCAGUUGUUGAGUCUUAAUGAGGGAUACAGGAGGAAAAAUCCCUACUAGAGUCCUGUGGGCUGAAAUAUCAGACUGGGAAAAAAUGCAAAGCAUAUUGGAUUCUACUUUUCUUCAGAUAUUGAACCAGAUCUCUGGCCCAUCAGGCUUUCUAAAUUCUUCAAAACAGCCACAACUUCCCCAGCUUCUCCAGCUCUCCUGUCCUCUUCAAUCCCCUGAGAUAUAGUCAACUAACGAUGCUACUGGAAGCCCCAGAGCAGAAAAGAAGCACAUGUUAAGAUUCAGGGAAAGACUAACUGUGAAGAGGAAGGCUGUCCUAUAACAAAGCAGCAUCAAGUCCCAAGUAAGGACAGUGAGAGAAAAGAGGGGAGAAGGAUUGGAGCAAAAGAGAACUGGCGAUAAGUAGGGGAAGGAAGAAUUUCAUUUUGCAUUGGGAGAGAGGUUCUAACACACUGAAGGCAACACUAUUUCUACUGUUUCUCUCUUGCCAGGGUAUUAGGAAGGACAGGAAAAGUAGGAGGAGGAUCUGCGGCAUUGCCCUAGGAAAUGAAAGAAUUGUGUAUAGAAUGAAAGGGGGAUCAUCAAGGACAUGUAUCUCAAAUUUUAUUUGAGAUGCAGGUUAGUUGACCUUGCUGCAGUUCUCGUUCCCAUUAAUUCAUUGGGAUGGAAGCCAAAAAUAAAAGAGGUGCCUCUGAGGAUUAGGGUUGGGCACUCAAGGGAAAGAUGGAGUAGAGGGCAAAUUGCAAAGGUUGUUGCACUCCUGAAAUUCUAUUAACAUUUCGGCAGAAGAUGAGUAGGGAGAUGCUGCCUUCCCUUUUGAGAUAGUGUCGAAAAACACUAGAUAGUGUGAGAGGUUCCUUUCUGUCCACUGAAACAAGGCUAAGGAUACUACCAACUACUCCCACCACGACCAUUGUACUGACAACAAUUGAAUGCAGUCUCCCUGCAGGGCAGAUUAUGCCAGGUACUUUACAUUCAUUGAUCCCAUUUGACAUUCACACCAAAGCUCUGAGUUCCAUUUUACAGCUGAAGAAAUUGAAGCUUAGAGAAAUUAAGAAGCUUGUUUAAGUUUACACAGCUAGUAAGAGUUUUAAAAAUCUCUGCGCAGAAGUGUUGGCUGGGUGCUCUCCCCACCACUACCCUCGUAAACUUCCAGGAAGAUUGGUUGAAAGUCUGAAUAAAAGCUGUCCUUUCCUACCAAUUUCCUCCCCCUCCUCACUCUCACAAGAAAACCAAGAGUUUCUCUUUAGAGUUGUUGACUCGUACUACAGUAAAGGGUGGAGGUGAUAUGGCAUUCUGAAAGUAGGGAGGGACUAAGUCAGUCGUCAUACUAAACACAAAUCCCAGUACCCUUUCCUUAUUUAGCUACCAGAAUGAUGACAGACAGACUCAAACCCUGUCAAGACAGGACCCUGGAGGAUCCUUCUAUGGGGAAACUAUAUAAUCUGAAAAAAAGGCUGACAGAUACAAAUAGUUGAGGAUCCUUCAACACAAAAGCUGAGUGUCUGCCCUAUUACUCACCUGACGACGAAGCCCACAAUGCAACAAAUCCCUUCCACUCACAGCAUUUGGUCAACCUGUCAGAGCCUCAUUUUUAAUUGUGAACAAUAGUCAAUGAACACAAUACAUUUGAGGGAAAGGCCGUAACAUGAAAGGCACCAACAAAUAAAUGUGAGAGUAGAUAGAGACCUUCUGAGUAUAAAAGUUCCUCCAAAAUAAGAGAUUAAACCAAGAUAGAGGAAAACACAGUAGCUGGGAAACAAGGAAUCCAACACAGGAGAAAGUGAAGAGAAUUCCCAGGAUGUUGGUGUGUAGCAGGCUUAGAAAGCAACUCAUUCAUGUUGGAGCAGGACUCUUAAAGGACUCUAGGAGAGAUGUCUUCCAGAAAAAGAAGAAAUUAAUUGAUUCAUACACAUUGAGAGGGAUUUAGAUUUCUCUUGCAGAGAUUGAGAUAAACUAGUCAUAAAUACAUAGAAAAAUAAGCAAGUAAAAACACAAUACAGUUUUUAAGUGCUAGAGGAAAAGAAACUUUUGUAUUAGAAAGGAAAUAUAACCACAGUGCACUACAUGGCUCAGCUGUGAAUAAUAUUUACAUAGAGGAUAAUGUGAAUAUAAUAGUCUCCCAUUAUCUGUGGUUUUGCUUUCUGCAGUUCAGUCACAGCCAACCAGUCUGAAAAUAUUAAAUGGAAAAUUCCAGAAAUAAUUCUUAAGUUUUAAAACGUGCUGUUUUGAGUAGCAUGUUGAAAUCUCACGCUAUCCCCCUCCACCCAUGUUCUGGGCAGGGCAAAGUGGGAUGGUGUGAGAUUUCUCCAGUGGAUCCACAAUGUAUAUGCUACCCACCCAUGAGUCACUUAGUCAUUAUCCGGUUGCUCAGACCAACUGUUGUGGUAUAACAGUGCUUGUGUUAAAGUCACUCUUAUUUUACUUACUAAUGUCCCCAAAGCAUAAGAGUAGUGAUGCUGGCAAAUAAGAUACGCCAAAGAGAAGCUGUAAAGUGCUUCCUCUAACAGAAAAGGUGAAAGUUCUUGACUUAAUAAGGAAAGAAAAAAAACACAUGCUGAAGUUGCUAAGAUCUACAGUAAGAACAAAUCCAUCUGUAAAAUUGUGAAGAAGGCAAAAGAAAUUUGUGCUAGUUUUGCUGUUGCACCUCAAGCUGCAAAAAUUAUUUAUUACACCCCACAGUGUGUGAUAAACACUUAGUUAAGAUGAAAAGGUAUAAAAUUUAUGGGUGGAAGACAUGAACAGAAAUGUGUUCCAAUUGACAGCAAUCAGGUUUGGUACUAUUCGGGUUUGGUGCUAUUCGUAUUCAGGGUCUUGGAAUGCAACUCCCACAGAUAAGGGGGUGCUGCUGGAGUGAAAUACUGUGAUACAACCUUUUUUCCAGGAAAUGAAGGGAGAAGAUGUGCACGUGUGUGGGAGAGGUAUAAGAGACCUAUGUUGCCAUAUUCCAUCACACAAAAUGCAUAAUAACUAAAUCUGGAAAAUGAUGAAUAGCUGUACAACCAUAUUAUUUAGCAAUAGGAGGUAAAUACAGGUAGAAGCAGAAGAAAGAAUGGGCAGGGGUUACCUCUAUGGAGAAGCUGGGGUGGGAGGAUAGGGUGGGGACUUCCCAUUUUAAAAACUGUGUAAUUACCUAACUUGUGAAUAUGUAUUUCUGAAGUAAAAUAAAAAUUAAGUUAAAAUUAAAUUUUAAAAUUCAAA